AUGACAAGUCGCCCUGGGUCAAUGAGAAAUCUCGGAAUUGUACACAUUGUAUUUGGCAUUCUUCUGACAAUUUUUGGAAUUGCAGAGUUUCAGGUUACCUCCAAAGCGAAUGUUUUUUUGAGAUACUUUCUUUCGAAAGGCGAAACUUACUACUUUGGGGUAUGGAUCGGAAUUUGGAUGCUAGUCACUGGAAUUGUGGGUGUUUUUGCAAGUCGGAGGGACCACAAAAUCUGUAUUGGUACUUUUAUCUUCCUGUCCAUCGUCUCCUCUCUGUUUGGUGUGAUGAUAAUAGUCGCCUACGGGACAUACCUAUCACUGAUCUGGAUCGUCGCCAUUUUGUUCCCUUUACCAGUUGCCAUCGCCGGAGCCAUAGCAGUUCUUGGUCUUAUUGAGUUUAUCGUUGGAUUAUGGGCAGCAAUUCACAGUUGCCUCACUUUUGUGGAUGGGACACCAUUCGUGGGGGAAGCGGUGCGGGGUCAACAGCUGCAGUUUAACGACAACCCUGCGUUCGACAAAGCUAAGGGGAGCGAAGGAGUUCUCGUAUCUAUUCCAUUUAAAGAGGAACUCGAAAGAACCACUGAUGUUGGAACAUUUUCACCAGGGGUUCAGGAGCAGCGGCCUCAAACGUUCCCUCUACGUAUCAUUGGAAAUACCCAGGUCCACCCUCAAACGGUUGACCCAAUCCAUGGCUAAUUUACUAAGUCAAAAUAAACAGUCAUGCAAGUUAAACAAACGAAACCCUUCCUUGGGAUCUGAAUUUUACCGAACAAACAUUUUAACCACAACUUUUUUUGCCCACAUAUUCCGUGAUUCAUCGAAAGAAGCAAAUUUUAAAAGACGAAUUUUCAAGGGAAAUUUUUGAUAAACCUGUUAGAGAGUUCUCGCUUGAAUGCGAUUUUGUCCAUUGAAUAAAAUCCUAAGUUUUCCUUAACCGUGCAACGUGAAAAAAUUGCAGCUGAUUACAAAAGAGGAAACUAUUUUUCACGCAGACUAUGUGUAUGCUACGUUACGAAAUAAUUGCUUUUAGCUAUGCGUAUGUCGAGGUAUCGAACACGGCACCUCGAUCAAUUCUCCGUCGCACGGUUCCUGUGCUCUUUGUGCAUGCAUUAAUACCUCGCUAUAAGCACGCUAAGCAUGACAAAUUUCUUCAAUACAAAAGCAUGAUAAUCAGUUCUUUGUUUUUAAAGUCGACUUGUUUUACCAGACGAUCUG